UUGCAGAACAGUUUUGAUCUGAGUAGUAAAGAAGGCUUACAUAUGGCCUAGUAUUCCUCCUAUUCUUUAUGAUUUUCUGAUCUUGAUACUAUGAAGGUUAGAUAGGGUCGGAUUUUAUGAAGGCUAUUUGAGAGUUGUGUUAGGUGGAUUAUUUAAAAGGGUGGAUGAUAGAAGAUCUAUAAAAGGACGAAGGGUGAAAUUGUGUGCCACAUUACAUGAAGGGUGUCGUUUAUGUGGUGAGUAGAAUAGUUGUCACUUGUAUUUGGAUCAAAUUAUAUUGCAAUGCCCACGUCACAUAAAUGAAUGAAGAGGAAGCCCUGAGGAAGUCCUGCAGCUUCAUAUGGACUGAAAAGGCCAUAAUGGAGCAACAUCUGCACUGUUUGAACUGUGUGAGCCGGCGUUGCAUGGUUAGACCAGAGAUGAAUGUGUCGUGUGACUUGAUUGGCUGCCCCCUGGUGUGUGGAGCUGUCUUUCACUCAUGCAAAGUGAGUGAACAUCGCCUACUGUGUCCCCUUGAGAGAGUGCCAUGCCUCAAUAGUGCGUUUGGAUGCCCGUUCAUCAUUGCACGGAACAAGAUUAGUGAACACCUGGAGCUUUGUCCUGCUAGUGUGGUUUGCUGCACAAUGGAAUGGAACCGUUGGCCUGUAAGCUAUGCUGACCGCAAAUCCUAUGAAAGCUUAAGCAAAGAUGGUGAUGGAGUGGAGCAGUUGGACUUGGCUUUAGCUCUUCAGGAUCAGCGGAUGCUCCUUGAGUCACUCAAAGUUGUGACCACUGCUUCAAACUUGGCUCCCAAGCAGUUCAAAAGUGAAGAGCAAAUCUCCAAGACUAUGGAGCCAUUGGAUGAACCCCCUUCCAGUUUGCUGUCAGUGAAUGAAGAAGCUUACACUGAACUGUAUCGAGCGACAGUUGAAACGACCAGAACUUUAGCGGUAGCCCUUGACCUCUUGAACAAUACGGCAAAAGAUGGGGAGCUGGCAAAUGGGAGUCUACCUGAGGAGCGAUCUGAAAGGAAUGGAGGUGUCCGGGUUAUGGAGGAGGAUCCAUCAAAAUCGUGCUUUGUGGAGAUCAGUGACGAUCCCUGCAAAAGCAUAAUGGAGGGAGGAGCAGUUGGUGGUGCAGACUGUGAUUCUGUAGCCUAUGAUCCGCCUUGGAGGGAUUGGAACUUGUGUGUGGAGGAAAAUGGAUUUCAUGCAUUGUCUGGUGUGGUGACUGAAACAAAUGAUGGCACAGAUGGAUGUAUUCAGUUAAAGACAAGUGCCUUAUGUAAUGGUUUUCACAAAGCAGAUGUGAAUGCUUAUACUUUGGAUCAGGAGGGAGUGGAGUCAUACAAUUGUGAUCAGCAAGCAGAAGAGACGAUGAAUGGUUCUUGCCAUGAAAAUGAUAUGGAUUGUGAUGGGAGUUCCUCGGAACCUGAUCACUUCUUACCUGUAUUUGCACAGCUACUUACUGUGGAAGGUUUGUUACAUCCAGACCGUUUUCAGGAGGGCUGCUUGCCUUCUGAUCCCUGUGGAGUCAGAAAAUUAGUCAACAGACCUUCUGAGCGGCAAGCACUCAAGAAAAUUGCCACUUUCAAACUGUUAGAUGGACACAAUGGGCGUAGGCCAUAUCUUGGGGACUUGAAUUGGUAUAGGAAAAAAAUGGAAAGCAAAGCAGUUGACACAUCAGAUCUGGAGGUGGAUGAUGACCCUCUAGAAUUACAGGGAAUUGACCUGAUAACAGCUGCUUUAUUGUUCUGUUUGGGAGACUCUCCCAGUGGUAGAGGGAUCUCUGACAGCCGGAGUGUUGAUGGAAACCGUGUUGAUUUGGGCACACAAACUUUCUCCUUUCCAGCAGCCAUAUUAGCUACCAAUACCACAGUUGGAGAGAUUGCCUCCGCAUCUGCUUGUGAUCAUGCUAAUCCUCAGCUAUCGAACCCGAGCCCUUUCCACACACUUGGGCUGGACCUGGUCUUGGAGUGUGUGACCAGAUAUCAAACAAAGCAACGCUCAAUGUUCACUUUUGUAUGUGGUCAGUUUUUUAGGAGAGAUGAGUUUCCUUCUCACUUUAAGAAUGUGCAUGGGGACAUUCAUGCUGGCCUCAAUGGUUGGUUGGAACAUCGAUGCCCUUUGGCCUAUUAUGGCUGUACCUAUUCCCAGAGACGGUUCUGCCCUUCUGCCCAGGGUUCAAAAGUUAUUCACGAUCGCCAUCUGAAGUCUUUUGGAAUUCAGCCAUGUGUUCCAUCCAUGUUGUUAGGAUCCCAUGAGAGUCGGUUAUCCAGCACAGGAGUAGCUGUUGACCAAUUGAGCAAACUGCCCUUUGAGAUUUUGCAACACAUUGCUGGAUUUCUAGAUGGGUUCAGCUUAUCUCAGCUCUCUGAAGUGUCACAUUUAAUGAGGGACGUAUGCAGCAGUCUGUUGCAGGUUCGGGGGAUGGUCAUCCUGCUUUGGGAAAAAAGACAGGACCUUCAUGGAAAGGUCUCUUGGAAAACAAAAGGCAAGGCCUGGCGGUUCAGCACUGCCUUCGGCACGGUUAAAGAGUGGAAGUUUGCAGAAAUUGCCAGCAUGGCUGAUCACCUGAAAAACUGUCGGUACAACACAGUGGAGAGGACCGGGGAAGCUGUCCCAUUGCCCUGCAUGUGCGUGACCAGGGAGCUUACCAAAGCAGGCCGCCCGUUGCGUUCUGUUCUAAAACCAGUUCUCUAAUCUCUUCGGACACUGACUAUGUACUGCAAAACAUUCUAAUCUUAAAUGUGGUCUGUCACUUUGUAUAUGAUAUAUUUUGCUUUGAUGUGAGAUUUAUUUUUGUAGUACAGUACCUUAAGCAUGCCAGCACAGGUAAUGAAAAGCGCCUUGAUGACAGGCAAAUUGAACGGAUGGACAUUUUUUGUGGAUGAAACCUUCCCCUUUUUGGAGUCUUCCAUUUGUACAUAUGGUUUUCUUGCAUGGAUCUGGCCGUUUUUUUUCUUUUGGAAAAAAAAGUCUACCCCCCACCCCUUCCACUACCCCUAGGCCCUGAACAAUCAUAUUGUGAAUGUUGUAGAUACAAACAGUUAUUGAUUGUUGUGACAAAAAUCCUCAUCAAAACGUGGCAAUGCUCUGUUGUUAUUUGAUGACUCAGAAAGAUGCUCAACCUGGUAAUUAAAAAUUAGAUGCUUCUUGCCUUUUUGAAUCACAACUCGAGCUCAUUCUGAGGUUAGAGGGAUUAUUUGUCUACAUUAUGUCGGUAAGCUAGCUGCUGCAAAGCAAUAUUAUACCUCACGCUCAUCAAAAGCAAAAAUGCCGCAGUGCAGUGGAUUCACACUGUAUGAUUUUGCCACUUUUAGCACUUUAGUUUUACAGCCUCGUUUUAUUAAUUUGAUCACCAAUAUUUAAUAUUCAUCAUUGUUCACGUCGUUUCUCACCCUCCUGUCUUUCCUAACUCUGUACCUUUUGUGAGUGUUACCUGUGACCUUGAAUGGGGAAAUGAGCAACUUGCUUUGAAACUAAAUCUAAUAGGGCUGUUUUCAGUCUGCCAAAUGAAAGGCUGUGCUUUGUGAAUCCAUCCACAUUACUGAACCUAAACUCUCCCCAGACACAAGGAGCGGGUGUCAGUUUGGAGGCCAAGCACUCGGCUACCAAAGCAACUUUUACUUUUUGGUUUCACUUUUUAAUACAGUUCAUACCUCCAACUUUAGAAUGCUUUAUUAAGGGAGUGAUUGUGUGCAUUUUUGUUUACGCAUUUAGCGCCAAAAAAAAAUUUGAAUGUCUUUGCCUUCAGCUUUGGCGUUUAAAACUCUGAUCCUGUAAUGUGUUAAUGUGACUUCACAAUCAAAUGUAAUGCCUUUUCACCGCACUUUAUUGAUUUGAAACCACUGAUGGAAUGAUAUGAGGAGUGCAGGAUUGUUGUGGAAAUCUAGUUCGUCCGAUUUUUGAAGGCUUUGUUCAUCAGAGUAUUCAUGGAUUCCACUUGUGCUGUAAACAAAACACUGCUGCUAAAUGUAGAAAUCAGUCUGUUUUCCCUUAACAUGUUUUAAAGUUUAAAAUGAAACAGACUUUGAAGAAAAUCCUGUAUGUAGCUUAGUGCUAACAUCUGUUUACAGACCUUUAUAAAAUACGUGCUUCAGAUUCACACGUUAAGACAUCUAUAUGGGAAAACUCUGAGCUCAUCGUUAAGAACACUAAUUUAUUUUAAUUUUGAAUCAUUUGUAGAAUGAGGUGAAAUGAGAAUCUAUUGGAUAUCAGUAUCUGUUGCCUGAAAAUUUUUCUACUGGCUUCUCGGAAGAAAAAGGUAGUGUAGUUUCAACAGCCCCAAAACUAAAUUGGCUGGUAAUAUGAGAUUCAGAUGUAAAAAAUUGGGACCCGUGUUGAUGCAGCAGGUGAUUAAAUCAGGUAUUGCAUAGCAUAGUAGACUCAGUGAAAGUUAUGGUUCAAAAUGGUGCUGCUGUGUUGGGGAGUUUCACACAGUGCCACAGGUAAAUGUUUGAAGCCCAUUUAUUUGACUUGUGGAGGGGAAAUGUUUCUGGAGCAUCAUAGACAUCAGCAUUAAAAAGGCCAGGAUCAGUUUGCUUGCUCUUUGGAUCUGGAUGUCUACCCAGUCCCCUUGGCUCUGGGCAUCUAACUAGCUGGUGCCCUUGGCUUUGGGUUCUAACCAGUAGUUGCCCUGGCUUCUGAAUGUUUAAGCAGCUGGCACUAUUAGCUGUGGGCUCAAAUCACUGGGAGUUCUUGGCUGUGGGCAUGUAACUGGCGAGAUGUUUUGUACUGAACGUUUAACCUGUCACAAGAAGAAAGCAAAAAAAAUCUAAAAAUGCAAAUAUUUUGUCUAGAGAGCAAUGGAACUGAAUGCAUCAUUUGAAGUUGUGCACGUGUGUUUUAAUUUGUGUGGAGAUACCUACAUGUCAAUUAAAUGUUGCAUUCAUUACAACUUCAUUAAACUCUGUUCAGUGUGAGUGCAUUUUGUUGCUGCAGUUUGAAGUAUGUACAACUCUGUUCCAUUGAAGAUCGUUUGAUCUCUGCCCCUUUUCUGCAGUUGCUUCAUUUACCAAUAAUUGUGUCAUUUGGUUCCAAUGCUUAUUAUCAUGCUCCAGGAAUAGAAACUUUGCUUCACUAACAAAAUUCAUAUCAUUAUCAUUCACUUAAACAUUACACUGGUCUACUCCUAUCUAAUAUAUUUACAUUAUUACCUUUUUUAAUCUCACACCAGAAACAUCUGUGUAUUUUCUGCUUUCAAGUAUGAGAAGUAAAGAAAAUGAAGGGUCACAUAAAAUUCUCUGAAACCAAGAUGAAGAUCAAAGAAGUCUCUAACUUAAUGUAAAAGUAGACUUCUCUUUUCUACAUUCUAAAUUUCAGUUAUGCAGGAGUUUGUGUUGGGGGGCGUGGAGAGACCUCUUCCCCACUCUGCUGGUCUUUCAAUGAUGCACGACAUUGAGCUUUUGUACUAAAUGUUUGAUUUCAUUUUAAACUACAAGAAUUCUAAUAAAAACAACUUGUCAUUUUUAUUAACUA